AUGGCAGUGAGGUUGCUAUCUAAAGUGAAAUGCCUGCCUGGGAUACAGGGAGUUGUGUACGCUAGUGCGUCGGCUGCUCCAGCCCAGCUUUCUGAUUUUGAGUUACAGCAUAAAACGCCAGUAAUUCGCAAGCAAAAGAACAUCCCAAUAGCUCAAUACGGUGGUCGUCAUGCAGUUACCAUGCUCCCCGGCGGUGGAAUCGGCCCCGAAUGCAUGGGCUACGUCAGGGAAAUUUUCAAGUACAUCGGUGCCCCCAUAGACUUUGAACUUGUAAACAUUGACCCAAAUGUAGAUAAUGAUGACGACGUCCAAUAUGCUAUCACGACCAUCAAGAGGAACGGUGUCGGACUUAAGGGUAAUAUCGAAACUAAGAGCGAGGCGGCGUACGUAACAUCGCGUAAUGUCGCUCUCCGUAAUGAGUUAGACAUGUACGCGUAUGUUUUGAACUGCAAAUCCUUCCCCGGAGUUAAUACAAGGCAUAAAGAUAUUGAUAUCGUUAUUAUAAGACAGAAUACCGAAGGUGAAUAUGCCAUGUUGGAGCAUGAAUCUGUUCGAGGGGUGAUUGAAUCCAUGAAAGUGGUAACUGCCAGCAAUUCUGAGAGGGUAGCCAGGUUCGCCUUUGAAUUUGCCAAGAGGAACGGCAGAAAAAAGGUAACAACUGUCCACAAAGCGAACAUAAUGAAGCUAUCAGACGGUCUGUUCUUGGAGACAUCCCGACGUAUGGCUCAGGAGUACCCCGAUAUAGAGCAUAAUGAUAUGAUCAUUGACAACUGUUGUAUGCAACUUGUUGCCAGACCACACCAAUUUGAUGUGAUGUUGAUGACAAAUCUGUACGGUUCAAUCGUGUCUAAUGUGGUGUGUGGUUUACUCGGAGGAGCUGGUUUACUCUCCGGAAGGAAUUAUGGAGACCAUUAUGCAGUAUUUGAACCCGGAACUAGGAAUACUGGUACGGCCAUUGCUGGCAAGAACAUUGCAAACCCGAUAGCAAUGAUAAAUGCUUCGGUGGAUAUGUUGGAGCACCUCGGACAUCACUAUCAUGCUGGAUUGAUAAGGAGAGCCUUGGACAAAACUAUUAAUAUUGAUAGAGUGAUCACUCCUGACUGUGGAGGAACUGCUAGCUCUAGCGAAGUGGUUGAUAGCAUCAUCAAGAAUAUUGGUCGCUGCUAA